CAGUUGAUGACCAUACUUUGACUGGGCGACUAGUACUAGUAGUAGAAGUAUUUCUAUACUCAGUUAAUUAAAGUCAUAUUUUCGUGGUAUAGAGUUAAGAUUUUUUUUGAAAUGGUUCAAGUACGUGUUAAAGAAGGAUUGUUAGAAGGAGAGUUAAGUGAAGAUGAAAUAGGAGGUAAAUUCUUUAGUUUUAAAGGCAUCCCCUAUGCUGAACCCCCUGUAGGUGAUUUGCGGUUUAAGCCUCCUCAACCAAAAAAAGCUUGGGAUGGUGUCAGAGAUGCUAAGAAGUUUGGUGAUAUUUGCUACCAAUGUAUUUUAAACGAAGUAGACAUUGGUUCAUCUGCAUCAGAAGACUGUUUGUAUUUAAAUGUUUAUACGCCAGAUAUUAAGCCAAAGCAUGCACUACCAGUCAUGUUUUAUAUACACGGUGGUGGUCUGGUGAGUGGAAGUGGAAACGAUGAUAUGUAUGGACCAGAAUUCUUAGUAAGACAAGAUGUUAUUCUCGUCACAUUUAAUUACAGAUUAGAAGUUCUAGGUUUCCUUUGUUUAGACACUGAAGAUAUUCCAGGAAAUGCUGGCAUGAAAGACCAAGUUGCAGCGCUAAAAUGGGUUAACGAGAACAUUGCAAGUUUUGGCGGAAAUCCCAAAAAUAUUACUAUUUUCGGCCACAGCGCUGGUGGUCUAAGCGUUAGUUACCAUUUAAUAUCUCCAAUGACGAAAGGUCUGUUCCAACGAGCUAUGGUUAUGAGUGGAUCCUUGACUUGUCCAUGGGGACAAACAUUUGAACCGCGGGAAAGAGGACUCGCAUUGGCUAGAAAAUUAGGAUGUUAUUCUGAAGAUGACAAAGAACUUUACGAUUUCUUCAAACGUCAGCCAAUAGAAAAACUUAUCGGUGUACAAUUACCGAUAACAUUUUUUGAAAAAGGAAAAAAAACUUACGAUUUAUGUUUUGGAGUAGUUGACGAAAAGGAAUUUGGCAAUAACGAAAGAUUCAUAUUUGGUGAUGUUAUUGAAAAAUUACGCAACGGUGUACACGAGGGCGUUGAACUUGUAAUGGGAUAUACCGAAGAUGAAGGUCUCAUUCAUAUGCGAAUCGGAAUAUCACUGGAGGAAACGUGCGCCUAUUCAAAUGAAUUUCGCGAAUUCUUUGUCCCCAAAUUAAUAUCUCUUAAUUGCACGUUGGCGGAACAGUUCGAAGUAGGAAGAAAAAUAAAAAAUUUCUAUUUUAAAGACGAAGUAGUGACAAUGGAUAAUUUGAAAGAACUAGUUAAAUUUUACUCUUUAAACAUUUUUACUUAUCCCAUGUUCCAAUUAGCAAGAAGUUGUUCAUUGAAAAAUAAACUUUACUUCUACAAAUUUACUGGAAAAACUGAGAGAAAUUUCAUGGUUCGUACGUUAGCAUUAGAGAAGUUUUUCGGUGAUAAAAUACCGGUGUGUCAUGCUGAUGAAAUAAAUUAUAUAUUCCCUAUGAAGAAAGAAAAUCUUAAAAUAAACAAAAACGCUAAGAGCUUUAAAAUAAUUAACCAGACAACUAAACUCUGGACCAAUUUCGCGAAAUAUGGGAAUCCAACACAAGAAGGAAUUUUUGGAUUACACUGGACUCCGUAUAAAAUGCAUGAAGAAUCUUAUCUAGAUAUAAAUGAGAACUUAACAAUAGGAUUCAAGCCUGAUAAAAUCGAAGUUGAUUUCUGGGAAAAUAUUUUUAAAGAGUAUCUCCCAAAAUCUAUACCUUACUAAUUUAUUUGUUAUUAAUUGUAUGUUUUAUGUAGUUAUAAGUGAAUAAAUACAGUAUUAUAGCUAACUUACACAAUAUCCGUCUCGAAGGACCAAUGUUUGAACAUAUAAAAAGAACAUUUCAUACUUUUAUUGUUAUUUCACAAGAUUAAAGGUUUUUGUUCUACGUUAAUUUCCAAGACAGGUCAAUACUGACACAAAAUAUCAUCAGCCUUACGCGAAACAAAAAUAACGAUUAUGACAUUGUUUUAAAGUGCUGAAUAAUGGUUACUUAUUACAUUGUCAAUCUCAUUUGAUAACGUUUUGUCAAUCCUGAUAGCAACUAUAGGUUAAGAUAAGAUUCGAGAUAAACCCUCCUUGUUUUCCUCAUGAAAACAAUGCAAUUAAUCCAUAGAAAUAAUCAUCCCAUCUGUCAUAAAAGAUUUUUUUUUGUAUGUAUC